AUGGCUGAUAUCGACGAUGAGCUUCUUGCUCUUGCUGGCGGCGAUUCGGAGGAUGAAGGGUUCGCAAGCCCGCCGAGGGACGCGUCUGCGUCACCGCCGUCCUCGACGAGGAAAGAGGCCGGGAAAUCAUUGUCCAAGAAGCCUAAGCGAACAAGGAACCGUGAUUCAGAGGACGAGGGUGAAGCCUCUUCUGCACCUUCAUCACCUAACUCUCUCGAGUCGGCGCCCAUGGACGAAUCCGACUCCGAUGCCGAGCAGCCCGCACCGCGCGAGCGCGCUCCCGCGGGCGGCACCACCGAUAGCGACGACAAGUAUCCCAUCGAUGGCAUGUUUAUGAGUCAGGCCGAAAAGGCAGAGAUCAUGGCCAUGCGCGAAGUCGAGAGGGAGCAGAUCAUCGCCGACCGCAUCUCCGAGAUUGAGCGCCAAAGACAGAACCGCUUGCUGCGCCAGAUGGUCACCAGCGUGGAGAAUGAAGAGCGCAAGUACGUCAAGAAGAAGCGCAGCGCCGACACGGCAGAACUCGAGGACGUCGAGCGCAAGGCCUCGCGGCCACGAACCGGCAAGGCCAGCGAGACGGCCAUGGACUCGCUGCGCAGAGCUCGAGCGGAGAAGCAGAGACGCAAGGAGGACCAGGAGCGCCGCAGGGAUGAGUUCUCGCCCAGGCGGGACUCGCGCGAGCCAGAGAGCGAUGACGGCUUUGAGCGUGCGCGGUCUCGCACUCCGGUUGAGAAGGAAAUCAAGAGCCUGCCUCCAGCGGAGUUACGCGACUAUGAGCGAGUCCGACUUGGCCGAAACGAGUUCGCCCAAGUGUGCUUUACGCCUGGGUUCGAGGCGGCCAUCACAGGCUGCUUUAUCCGGAUAUCGGUCGGCGCUCACCCGGAGACAGGGAUCGAGCAGUAUCGCAUGGCAGUGAUCAAAGCUUUUGCGACCGGUAGACCAUAUGCACUUGGCGGUCCCAACGGCCCCUUUGUAACCGACCAGUACGUCAAGGCCGCGCAUGGAAAGGCGGUCAAAGAAUUCCCCUUCAUCGCUGCGUCCAGCGGCAAGUUUACGGAUGGCGAGCUCAAUCGCUAUCAGGUUACCUGUCAGAACGAAAACAUGACUCUGCCGACCAAGCAGUUUCUGAUGGACAAGGUUGACGACAUCAACCGUCUCAUCAGUCACACGUGGACGAGCGAAGAGAUCAAGACGAGGUUGGCGAAGAGGAACGAGCUGAAGCGACGCUUCGACCCCGCGGAGCGUGAGCGGAUCGGGCGACUGCUCGACGAGGCGGUGGCCAAGGGCGACGAGCAGAAAGCGGAAGAACUGCAGGAGAAGCUCGACAAGCUCAGCAGCCAGCGUCUCGCAUUCCGGACGACGCUGGGGCCUUCCAAAGGCAGUGAGGGCCCCGCGCUGUCGUCGGAGCAGGACCGGUUGGCAGAGCGCAACCGGGAGAACAGGCGGAUGAACGCCGAACUAGUGCGCAAGGCACAGCUCAAGGAGAAGGCCAAAGUGCGCGAGAUCGAGAUGGCAAUUAAGCGUGGCGAACAGAGGGCGUCGCCAAACGGCAACGGGACCAGCACGCCGACGGCCGGGACGCCCAAGCUGCAAGAGAAGAAAUACGAGGACAAUAAGGGGCUGCCGACGAUUCACAAGCCGCUCAUGGAUGACGACGUCAUUGGCGCCCUGGAUCUGGACAUUGACGUGGAGAUUUGA